UGAUCAAUCGAUCGAACUUUUGUAAUUCUGUCAGCAUAAUGCAACCACAGUAUCAUAGGUAUAGAGUUACUAAGGUAACCUACAUUUAUGCAAUAAUAAAUCCAAGUACGCAAAUGCGCGCGUAAUUAAAAUUGGUGCGUUUAGCGCAAGCUGUCAAGUGAGCUUUCGGGUAGCGCGCGGUUUUUUCUUGUGUUUGGGUUUAAUGCAUCUUUGAUAACAUUAGAUGAAAGCAAUCGCACAAAUAAGGCUUGCGUGCGGUUUACAACUUUCCAAAACUUUAUUCGUCAACGCUCUUGUAGUGGGGAAUGGUGAAAUCGAGGGGGCAGCACUCAGUAGCAAGCAACAGUGCGAUCCGAUCGACUUGUAUAUUUUUAAUGUUAAUCUACUAAAAAAUUUUACUAACAUUCAUUCAAUCGUUGUUAAGGGGUUGAUGCAAUGAUCGUUGCGAUUUCGACGAAUGUCGCGAUGGGCUCGAGUGGUAAUGGUAGCUUUGCGCACAUGUGACAAAUGUGUGCGAUAUCGAUUCGGAUUUGAAUUGAAAACGCGCGGGUAAAAGUGAUCAGUUCUCAUUCAGAAUCAGUACGAAUUAAGCCAAAAUGUUUAAGUUGCUAGGAGGACUAAAAGACUAUUUGAAGUGGCAAGAUAUAGUGACAGAUUGUGCAAUUUUUAGACUGCAUAAUGUGUUUACAACUGUACUUCUACUGGCUUGCAGCCUUAUCAUUACCGCCACCCAGUUUGUUGGAAACCCUAUACAAUGCAUUGUCAGUGGAUUACCUACGCACGUUGUCAACACUUUUUGCUGGAUCUCUUCGACCUUCACUAUGCCUGACGCUUUCAAAAGACAGGUUGGAAGAGAAGUUGCCCAUCCCGGCGUAGCAAACGACUUCGACGAAGACGAUGCUCCCAAAUAUUACACGUAUUACCAAUGGGUCUGUUUCGUGCUCUUCUUUCAGGCAAUUGCGUGUUAUACACCAAAAUUUCUGUGGGAAGCGUUCGAAGGUGGGCUUAUGAGAACACUCGUUAUGGGUUUACAUAUUGGAAUAUGUAAGGAAAGUGAGAGGAAUGCAAAGAAGAAAGCACUACUUGAAUAUCUAAUGCAGCACGUUAAGAGACACAAUCUCUACGCGAUUCGCUACUGGAUUUGCGAAUUCCUAUGUUUACUCAACGUACUUCUGCAGUUAUACUUCAUGAACCUCUUCUUUGAUGGCGAAUUUUUCUCCUACGGUUUAAGAGUAAUGAAUUUUUCCGAAACUGCGCAAGAGGAAAGAGUCGAUCCUAUGGUGUUCAUUUUUCCACGAGUAACGAAAUGUAUCUUUCAUAAAUAUGGUGCGUCUGGUAGCAUACAAAAGCACGACAGCCUUUGCAUCUUACCACUUAAUAUAGUAAACGAGAAAACCUACAUCUUUAUAUGGUUUUGGUUUGUGAUUUUAGCAACACUUUUAAGUGUAUUGAUACUUUAUCGAGUUUGUAUUAUUGCAUUCCCAAAGUGCAGACCAAGAAUAUUGCAUUCCAAAAAUAGGGGGGUCCCAUUGGAGAUAUGUGAGGCACUUACCCGAAAAGUCGAUUUAGGAGACUGGUGGAUCCUUUUAAUGUUAGGUACAAAUUUGGAUCCUAUAAUUUAUCGUGAAGUUAUAUCAGAAUUAGCGAAGAAUAUUGAAAGUAACAUAAGGAAUUGAUAAUGAGCUCAAUUUAUAGUAAGACUUUAGCGUUUAGACUUAUUUAACGAAUUUCGUUUAAUUGUCCAUAUUUAUUGUACAUUUUAAAUCGUGUAAUUGAUUAUAAUUUAUGAAUAAAGCAUAUUUUAUAUUAAUUUAAUUUGUGCGUGAUAUCACUUUAGUUAUUUGUCGAAUUUUAAAAGACUUUGUAAUACUCAUUUAUUAGUGAUACAGAUUGUAUGGGUAUUCGUAAGCACUUUCCUCAGAAUGGCGUCUUUAACAUUAUUGUAGCAUUUGGAGUUGUAGGAUUUAUCAGUUUUAAAUUUACUGUGAUGUGCCUGAUAAAUUAAGAAAUAAAUGUAACUUUUGAGUUAAGAGCUGUUUAAACAGACUGCGAUUAAAAUUUUAUUUGGUAUA